AUGUUUAAAACAGAAUCCGAAUCACCUGUAUUAACCAAGGAGAUGUUCAGCAAGAUCAACGCAACAAAGUCUGAGUUCAAGAAGAAUAUGAUGAAUGCACUUGGUCUCACCUACACCGAUGCACCAUUGUUUGUCGAAAGCAGAACAGGAUUCAACGAUGAACUGAACUAUGUUGAACAAGCAGUUACUUUUACGACUUCAACAGAUCAAAAAUGUCAGGUUGUGCAGUCACUAGCGAAGUGGAAAAGAUUCUUCCUUAGCAGAGUUGAUUUCCCAGGUGUAUUGGUUAAUUUGCAUGCCAUCAGAAAAGAUGAAUUUCCAGAAACCGUCGAAAGUAGUCGAAUGCAUUCCUUUUAUGUAGACCAAUGGGAUUGGGAGAUGAAAAUGACCAAAGAAAACAGAACCGUGGAAUACCUGAAAACAGUAGUCAUGAAAAUCUAUGAUCAAGUCCUGUUGACACAGAAACAUCUGGCUGAAAAGUUUGGUGAGAGUGUUAACAAGUUACCAAACAAGGUGUUCUUUAUUGAUUCACAGGAAUUAGAAGAUUUGUAUCCAAAUAAAACACCAAAAGAAAGGGAAUACGCCAUUUCCAAAGAAAAGGGUGCAGUUUUCAUCAUUGGAAUCGGACACAAUCUGAAAUCAGGAAAGCCACAUGAUUCAAGGGCACCUGAUUAUGAUGAUUGGAAAUUGAACGGUGACUUGAUUUUCUACAACAAAGUCAUUGAUAAUGCGUUUGAAAUAUCAAGCAUGGGAAUUCGAGUAGAUAAAGAAUCGUUGGUUGAACAAAUAACGAAAUUGGACAAGAAAGAGAAGUUGAAAUGUUUGUUCCAUAGAACGCUUCUGGAAGACAAAUUACCAUUGACUAUUGGUGGUGGAAUUGGGCAGUCUCGAGUAGUAAUGUUCCUACUGGAUAAGAAGCACAUUGGUGAGGUGCAAUUCAGCGUAUGGCCUACAAAAACGGUAGAAAAAUUCACAGGUCUCCUUUGA